AUGUCUCAGCAAUGUGCAGUGCCGAAAUGUCAUCGUCAAUCACGUUGGCUAUGUGAUUGUUGUCAAGAAAAUCUCUGUUUACAACAUAUAAAUGAACAUAAUGCUGCACUUAUUUCACAAUUAAAUCCUUUAGCUGAUGAAAUCAAUGUUCUUGAUGAUCGUCUCAAAUCAAUACAUACACAACAUGCACUUGGUGAUUGUCGUCGAAAACUUGAAAAAUGGCGUGAUGAUUGUUAUGAAAAAAUUGAUACAUUUUUUAAUCAAAAAUUUCAAGAACUCGAUCGACUUGUUCAUGAAAAAGUAGCUGAACAACGUGAAAAACUUAAUCGAAUACAGACAAAAGUUGCUGAACUUAUUCGUGCACAAGAAACAACACGUAAAGAUAUUGUUGCAUUAACAUCAACAGUUCGUCAACUUGGAAGAACAAUCGAUAAAAUCGAACAAACAUGUUUUACAAUUUCUACUCGUCCAUUAGUAAUCGAUAAUACAUUAGUUGUAAUUAAAGAAAAGGCUGAUCAAGAACCUUGUGUAUCGACUCUUUCACCUGUGUACAAAACAAUAAAUCGUUCUGCUGGAAGUUAUGCAUUGGCUAGUAACGAUCGAUAUCUAUUAAUACAUCAACAACCAAAUCUAUGUUUAGUUGAUCAAGAAAUGAACAUAGUCAAACAAACAUUAUGGUCAUAUGAUGCAAUAUAUGAUAUGUGUUGGUCAUCAACAUUAAAUCGUUUUAUUGUUAUUGAAGAAAAUGAUGUAUUACUUAUCGAUGAAAAUACAAUGACAAUUGAUAAUGUACAAACAAUUGAAACGGGUCUUUGGUUAUCAUGUACAUGUUCUAAUACAUCUCUAUUUUUGUCGACAGGUGAACGAGCUUCAUCAAUAAAGGAAUAUCGAUUAUUACCUACAAUACAAUUGGUUAGAGAAUUGAAAACUCCUCAUACAUGUUCACGUGAUGAAGUUAUUAGUGGUGUUGUUUACAAUAAUGGAAAACUUGCUUUAAUAAUUGUGAAUAUAACAAAGAAAACAUUACGUAUUGAAUCGAGAGAUGCCGAAACAUUAAAUCGAAUUUGGUCUCUUAAACUUGAUAUUGUCUGUAAUCAAAAUAGAAAAUUUGGUUGUUGUGCACUUCGUUCGGAUGAAUGGCUUGUAGCUGAUUAUGAAACAAAACGUCUAAUGUACAUAACAAAAGAUGGUAAAGUAAAAAAAACUAUUGAAUACGCUCCAGAUCCUUAUCAUGUUAGUCUAUUCGGUCCAAAUAUAUUGGCUGUAUCAACAAAAAAUGACAUACGUAUGCAUAAAAUUUAA